UUUUUCAAUAGAAAAUCAGGUCAUCGAGUAGAAUAAUAAUAUGCAGACAUUCUUAGAAUUGAUUCAUUAAGCAGUUGUUAAAGCAAUAGAAAAUGUAUUUAUUGAUCUUAUUGAUUUCUGGUUGUUUUAAGGUUGGACUUGGCCAGUAUUAUGGAUUUUCUGGACAAAACUCCAGCAUGUUUCCAUACCCAUACCAAAAGAGAGAGGCACAAGUUACAUCUGGAUAUCCCGGAUUCCUUCCGUACUGGUUGAAUUUGCCAGGAUACCAAAACCAUAUGGGUUAUCCAGGUUAUGGGGCAUAUCCGUCCAUGUAUGGAAUACCUUUUGGUGGGGCAAAUCCAUUAGUGGGUAACCCAUUGAUCAACAGGGAGGUUAUGGGGUAUCCAGUAGCUCCGGGUUUCGAUCCUCAAGCACAAUUCCUCAAACAACCGGGAGAUCCUCAAAGAAUGGACGAUAUUGAGAUAGUAGAUGUUUCUCCUGAGGUACAGAGAAGGAUGUUGGGAUGGCCUGCAGAAGAUCCUGGUGUUAAUGAGCAUUCUACAAGUGGAAAACCGCGUUACACCGUAGACGUUGAUACUCAAACAAGCAAUAAAACUGUUAUACCUCAUAACUUGUCGAAGCCAUUUAUCAACGAGAAGAAAUAUUUGACGACCAUAAGGAAAUCCUUCGUUUAUGACUCAAAGAAUCCAGAACCAAUAAAACCGGUUAAUAUCCAUAUAGUGAAUGGUGAGCAAGUGACCACCACCCCACCACCAGAAACUACUGUGGAUGAAAAUGUUGUCGGGAUUAAAUCGUGGUAUACCGAUUGAUCGAUAAAUUUGUUAUUUAGGUUUAAGUGUCAUAAACUGCUAUUAGGUUAGGUUCAAUAAAUUUGGAAUAAAUUGGA